AUGCCGAUAAUUCCAGUCUAUCGUAUAAGUGAUCCAAAUCAAUAUCUUGUAACAACAGGGGCCCUAAUCAAUAACAUACGUCUAACUAAGAAAGGAUGGGUUCUCCCAGGACAACGCUGUGCCUUUUUCGACAUCACUCCGGCUAACUACACCCUUGAUCUUCAAGCCAUGUCUGCUGAGAAGCUCGAAUUCAACCUCCCGGCAGUCUUCACCAUCGGUCCCCGUGAUGAAACAGAGUCGCUCGAACGAUAUGCUAGAUUGCUCGCUGCAAAGGAUAAACAUUCGGAUCAUGUGAAGGAAUUGGUUAGAGGCAUUAUAGAGGGUGAGACGAGAGUAAUUGCUGCAGGAAUGACUAUGGAAGAGAUAUUCCAGGAAAGAAAAGGAUUCAAGGAGAAAGUCAUUAAAAAUGUACAAGCCGAGUUGGAUCAGUUUGGUUUAUUUAUUUAUAACGCGAACGUCAAGCAGCUGCAAGAUACCCAAGGGUCUGAAUAUUUUGCAUACAUGCGUAUGAAAACUCACGAAGGUGCAGUAAACCAAGCCAAAGUCGACGUUGCUGAAGCGAAAUACCGUGGUGAUGUUGGUGCCAAAGAACGUGAGGGUCUAACUCGUCAAGAGACAUCGAAGAUCGAAGCUGAAACUAUCUUAGUCGAAAAUCAACGCAAAAUUUCUAUUGCUGAAGCCGAAGCCAAUCUCGCGUCAAAGAAGUCAGAGUAUGAACGAAAGACUAAAAUUGCUGCAAUUGAAGCAGCUCAGGCAGCUAAGAUGCGUGAUAGUGAGUUACAGAAAGAGGUAGAGGAGAAGAGAUUGUUAUCUGAGACUGAGAGAAUGAGAGUAGAACAUGUGGCCAAAGCUACAGCUGAGAUGGAGGCAAGAAAGGCUUUGGCCAAUGCUAAAUUAUAUGAGGAGCAAAAGGAAGCUGAGGCUUCAUUGUAUCGAAAGCAGAAGGAGGCUGAUGGAUUGUUAGCGCUUUAUAAUGCUCAGGCAGAUGGUAUUAAGAAUCUUAUGAGUGCAUUUGGUGAAAAUGCUAACGCUGCGUUACAAUAUAUUAUGGUUGAGCGUGGAAUAUACACCCAGCUUGCCCAGACGAAUGCAGAAGCAAUACAAGGACUUAACCCAAAGAUUACUGUUUGGAAUACCGAUGGGUCUUCGCAAUCAAAUAGUAACCCAAUCGCCAAUAUCUUCCAGACACUUCCGCCAUUGUUGUCGACUGUUCAGGAGCAAACUGGUAUUUCUCCACCUUCUUGGUUAGCCGGAAUGCCUGGCAAAGGGUUUGGUGACAGUUUGAGUGGGAAUGCAUAG